AUGGUGAUUGUGACAGCAGUAAUGAUUUGGUUGGUGAUAAUGUGUGCACGCCGAAAAAGUGAAGGGAAAGAUUUAACAAAAGCUUCAAAUAUUGUUUCAAUGCCUGAAGUACGAAAAUUCAAAUUAGACUUGUCCGGAAAACAGCAAGAAGAGGUGGAUGUUGACUUGGAUAUGCAGUUUGAUGAUGUCGGUAUCGGAAAUGAAGUACCGAUAACAACGAAUGCAUCACCACAACUGGUUUCCAACAACGUUCUUCAAGUUAUCGUUAAAAAAACUAAAGGAAAAAGUGAAAGAUGUAAAAAAGAUGAUAAAGAAGAAUCAACACAAAGUAGUUUGGAGAGACAGAGAAUGUCAAGAAAAAAUGUACACAGCCAAUCAGGCUCGAGAAUUAUGAAAGACUUGCAAGAGAAGCAAUGGGAAGAGCCUAUUGGAGGGAUUGAAGUAUCGUUUUUCCUGUCUCAUUAUCAUCUCUAUAUUUUGAUUUCUUCCAGGAUACUCCGGUACUACAUCACAAAUGCCAUAACCCAAAUGCUAACCUAA